UAAAAGGCAUACAAAAUAACGCGGAUGACGUCAUCAGUGAGCGACCCGCCCCACAUGGCGAACAGCUGAAGUUUUGACGAACUCGCUAAGGGUCGGUAUGGCCAGGAGGUGGUCUGAGGGCCACUCCACGUCCAUCCUGUGUGUUGGCGUGUCUCCGGGCCCCGAGAGCCUCCUCGCUUCAGGCUCUGAGAGUGGCGAGGUCACAGUGUGGAGCCAGGAGGGGAACGUCGCAGGCCGUCUCACUCUCCCCGGUGGAGAGGACAGCACGAGCGUCGUCUUUUCUCCAGCAGCUCCAAGCCAGCUGUACGUGUCUCACGGAGACUCUGUGAGCGUGCUCGACCCCCGGAACCUCAAGGGCCCGGUGGAGGAGUUCCAGGGUGCCGGCGAGGAGGAGAUUAACGCUUUGGCUCUGAACGAUACGGGUUCAGUCCUGGCGGUUGCUGAUGACUCCGGAGCGGUCCGGGUGCUGGAGCUUCCUGGGGGGAAAGUAUGCAGGACUCUUCGUAGACACACAAACAUCUGUUCCUCUGUGGCUUUUCGACCUCACAGACCCAAUAACCUGGUGUCUGCUGGACUAGACAUGCAGGUGAUGCUGUGGGGUCUGCAGAAGACGCGGCCCCUUUGGACCCUCAACCUGCAGGACGUGACGGAGGAAGAAGACGACCAUCAGCAGCGUCCCGGUCAGCUUUUCAACCCGCCGCUGGUCCACUGCGUGUCUGUGGCGAGUUGUGGGAACGUCGUGGCCUGUGCGGCAGGGGACGGGCGGGUGCACCUGAUGCGGAUCGGCAGCGGCUCUAAACUGGAACAGCAGGGAGCAGUCAAGGCCCACAGCCAGGGAGCCUCACAAGCCCACUUUGUCAGCUUCCUCUCCCACCCUCACUGGCUCGUCUCCGGGGGGAACGACGGCCAGGUGGCCCUGUGGGACCUCAGUAAGCACCCGUUGGUGACUCGGGAGGCAAAGGCCCAAACUAAAGUGGCCCCACGGAGGAAGCGGAAGAGCAAGGCGAAGAGGAAAGAUCCGGGUCACCACGACGCGACUAAGGUUGAUACCGAGAAGGAGGAAGCGGAGGAGGAAGUGGCUGCCGGUGCAGAGGAGGUGACGGAGAAGAAGGCCGGGCCCAAGCUGAGCAUCAGUCAUGGGGACAAGGUGAACUGGUUGUGCCCUGCUGUGCUGAGAGGAGAAGCCAGUGUGGUGGUGGCAGAUCAGAGCUCCUGUCUGACGGUUUACCCUCUGGCUCAACUAUAGAUUCAGCAUCUUUCCUUUUAGUUCUCACGGUUGCGGUACAAAGUCUUGACUGGUUAUUAGGUUACAGUGUGGUUGGUUCAAUUGAAGCAUCAUUACUUUUUCUGGACUGUCUGGUCUUUGGAUGGUAUGAUCUAGUUCUCCUUUUAAUAAAGCUUGAACUUAAGGGCGGAAAACAAAUAACUGUUUCAGAAAGAACUGGAAAGUUAUGUUUCUAGAACAAGUUCAAACUAUACAUGUAAUUCUUUCAGGGACUCGUUCCAUGAAAGAUUUACUGAGACUAACUGCUGUUUUUGGUUUAUUUGUGGGUGAUCCUAUGAAAUUAUAAUGAUUUUGCAAUAAAUCCAUUUUGUGGACUGUAAAAU